GCGGUUGUUGCUGCAAAUUCCAUCAUGAAAUAAAUAAAAUAUUGAUUUCUGCUUAGUGUAUUUUAAUUUGCAAAAAACUUGACAGCACUUUCUAGUAAAUAAAAGGCAAAAUUUGAUGAAAACUCCAAGAAUAGCGAACUUUUCUCUGAGAAGAAAAGGAGAUUAUUAUCGCAAAUAUGGAUUUAUCUUUUAAAAAAGUCGAACAUUUGACACCGACACCAGCGGAAUUAAGGCCUUAUCAAAAAAUCAAAUGCUCGCAACCGGGUUGCGAAGCAUUUUUUCAUAAUCAUAACAAUUAUGAAAUGCAUUUAGAAAAGCGUCAUAAGUUGCCUAUUUUAAAAAAAAUGAAUCCUCGAUUAUAUUAUUGUCCCGAAGACAAUUGCGUUUAUCGUUAUGGUAGUUUGGUCGGAAAACAUUUCAAAACUAUUAAGUAUCUUAAACAGCAUUACCAAAAAGUCCACAUGCCCAAAGAUUUCAGUUGCACCGAAUGUGGGAAAACAUUUAUUAAGGAAAGCCAACUAAGAAUCCAUCAACAGGAACUUUGCGGAAAAAAGUUCGUAUGUAAAGUGUGUACAUCCACGUAUGACAGCAUCGAAGCCUUAUUAACACAUGGAAAACGUAAAGGGCAUGCCGUGCGUGAUGUGGUACCCUUAAAAAAAAAUGAUUGUAAAGUACCCACCAAAUCUUUAAAAUUUGUUAAACAUACCAUCAUCAAAAAUGAGCAACAACCAAACGAACCCAAGGAUAAAACAAAUCCUAAGUUGCUUUGUGCGACUAGCGUGCAAACGGAUACCUUUGUAGGUGAUGAGAGCAUUGCCCCAGUCUUAGCUCAUACUAAUUUGGAUGAUAUAAAUUUAUUGCUGAAAGAUAUAGAAACUCAAACUGAACCAUUUAUGAAUAAUUCCAGUGAUAACAAUUCAUACCUUGACCCGAUGUUGGCCCAAUCGUCUCACAUGUAUACCCAGACUUGUGAUGAGUUCCUUAGCGAAUUGGGCUUGUCUGAUAUACAAACUCAAACUAACUGGCCUUCGCCAUCUAGAGAAUCGCCAGGGGAUGCAGUACAAUUUAUUUCAACUGCAACUUCUACCAAUCCUUACGUUCAUGAUGAAUUAUUGGUAUCCACUGAAACUCAAACCAGUUUUACACAAUGUCUGUUAAAUUCGUGCUCUGAGGCACAAACCACAAAUUCAACAGCCACAACAGUUACCGCGACGGCAGAUGUUCCUUUUGGCAGUUUAUAUCAUACGCAACAUACGCAAACCUGUGAUCCUCUGAUUGAUUUUGAUUUCGUUACUCAACAUAACGACUUAAUUGAUGGCUUUCAAUCUACUUACACACAAACAUGAUGGUAUGACUGGGAGUUUGGGGAAACCUUAGAGGUUGAAGGCGCAAAAAAUGUAGACAUUGGACAGAAGCAAAAAGAGAAGUAAAUUUUGUUAAACAUAUUAUUCGCUGACAUACGUUUCUAUUAAAAUUCCCAUACGAUUAAAAUAUUUGAAGUGCGUACUUGGAUAUGCAGUUUGGCAGCGCCCGCUUUCAAUGCGGUUUCAAACAUUUUAAAUGCAACCUAAACUUUGUGUAACUAAAAUGUACCUGGCAUGUGUUCACAACUAACUAGAAUAUAUAUUUGUAAAGAUUUCUUAAAAUGUGAAUGAGCUGAGACUACAAGCGGUACUACUUUCUCAUACUUAUCUGCUUUUCUAGUGGGAGAAGAAUAAACAGUUGUUAAAGAAACACGUAGUGUGUAGCAAGACUACAAACAAUAAAAUUAAUUUCCAGGCGACACUCGCUGCGGCGUACUGAAUUGAAAAAUAUACAUUAGAGCUCGCAGAAGACGUAGACUCGUCCGCAUCGACAAUGCAAUUCAUUUAUUUGGCCAUGUCUGUCCAUUUACUAAUGCCAUAAUUACAAUAAAUUUUGCCCCAUUCUUCUAGAGAAAUGCAAUUUAAAUCCGAAAAGAAUAAACGUAAUCAGAAAGUAAUGUGAUUUAUGACCAUUUUUUAACCUUUGGAAUAAGGUUAGUAAUCUUGAGUUUUAUUCCUAGGUAAAAGAAACAAUUCAAAUCUCUAUUGCUUAAAAUUUGUGGCCACAGAUUCAUAUUCUGAAAAUAUGGGCGAACGGUACGCGCAAGAAGUUCUAUUUCGCUCAGAUCAGUUCUUUUCUAUAAUGACUCGACUGAUGACCAAAAAUGGUAAUUAAUUUAUUUGCCAAUUUAGGCAAUCUAUUACAAUUGACGAAGUAAUACUAAAAUACAUAUGGCGUGAUUGCUUAAGGACUUGAUGUUCCGAUUCGUGUUAUUACAUCGAUUUUCCAGAUAUUUGGAACACAUAUUAUAUAGCUACAUAUAUGUGUAUAUAUAUAUAUGUUCGCGU